AGUUAUAAAAGCUAUUCAAAUUUGUUUUUAUUUUAUUCAAAUCACAUUAAAUGUGGAUAUAAUUAAAGCCCAGUUUUAUGACUAUUAUGAUGAUGUGCUGCCCAUUGAAUAUGACUACUACUACUCAUCUCUAAUUAAUUAUGCGUCAAAAGAGGAUCCAAUGACUUUAAAUGAUAAACUAUUUGAUGACUUACUCGAUCCAAACAAAUCGAUCAGUGAGGCCGAUAGGGCUGUACCGGUAGAACCGGGAGGUACUAAAUCACGUGUUAGUAGCUGUCAAAACAAACAGUGUCUACAGUGUCUGGAUUCGUGUCGUUAUCUGAAAGAGUCGCGUCUAUCACAGAAUCUGUUGAUUCAAUACAUGUAUCUAAGGAUAUGUUCAAUCGGUUGCAAAUCUGAUCUAAAAUGUAUAUCCGAUAACUAUUGUUUACCGAUAAUGAAAGAAAAUCCCGAUUAUUUCAUACAUUGUCUCGGAAAGUCGUGUAAUCCAUUUCAGAUUGUGCCAAAAGUAUUCAGGACUACAGAAUAUUGUCAAUCAUAA